AUGUCUACACAAAACAUCUGUGAUCAAUCAGUAACUCAGGGUCCAGGAUAUGUGUCGCAUCUUAAGCGAUUGAGUCGAGUGGAGAAUAUUUGCAAGAAUCCUUGCAGUCCUUCCAGUCCCCAAUCAAAGAGUGACCAGAAUAGGAAAGAUGCUACAACUUCGUUGGAAUUCAUCACAUCCAGCGUCGUCAACAAAAAUCCAAAGGAAAAAGCAAUGCCGUGCUGUCCAUGUUCCAAGAAUACACAGAGUGUCAAGUUGUGCAUAGCAUCGACAAUAGGUACCAAUGAUAAGUGCUCCAAGGAAAAGAUUUUGCCAUCAUGUCCAUGUAACAAGAAUGUACAAGUUUCCAGAGCGGGUGGAACCAAAACUACUGUGAAAUGUCCUGACGAAAAAAUUACGGUACCAUGUAACGAGCAAUCACAAAGUUCUAAAGUAUGUGAUAUAUCUACCAUUAUCGGUAAUAAAAGUUCCAACGAAAAAUCGUUAUUUUGCCCAUGCACCAAAAACUCCCAGGGUUGUAAAAUGUUUGAAACAUCUGCUAUCGCUACCAGUGAUGAAUUUUGUAAAGAAAAGAGCUCUAGAAUAUGCAAAACUUCUAAUACUACCAUUAAUGACAAUUAUUCUAAGGAGAGAGUAAAACCAUGCUAUUUAUGUUCGAAAAAUACGCAAACCACCAAUAUGUGCGAGACAACUAUUGUUACUGCAAAUGACAAAUGCUCUACUCAGAACGUGACGUCAUUAUGCUCUUACAGAAAUAAUCCACAAAAUCCCAGUAAAGGUUCAUGCGUAUUAAAAAAAUCUGAUAUUUGCACAAAGGAAAUUUAUCCGGGUAGAACCUCGUCAUGUAUGGACAAACGAGGAUUUCAGGAUUCAACUAAUGACAAGUCAAUUGGUACCGCGGAUAAUCCGAAAAUCGUAAGAUUCGAGUCGACGCGCGGUGUCCGAAGGCCUCCUCGGGUAGCCGCGCGUUUUGAGGACGGUGUGCUCGAGGCCUACUCGGAAUUCAAGAUCGUGUUCCCGAACGGCAACGAACGAACGUCCAACUGCCUGAACGAGGCUACGGAACUGGUGGAGACCCAGCAUUCAACAGAGGAUUGUGGGGUCUCGAUUAACUUUGUCUCUACAGAUUGUGAUGGCAAAGCCAACCACUCGAGCAUGAAAAAUUGCUGCAACAUGAAAUGCGGUGAUAAUAAUCAGUCAACUCAGUGCGAAAUAAUUGAGAUCUACGACACAUCAGUAAUAAAUGCCGAAACGCAGACCAGCAGAUUAAAUGAGGAUAAAUCUAUUUCUUGUCAAGAUUUCUUUAGAAGCUGUAAUUUUACUGAUUACAACAAAGUUAAGUGUCAGGGGUCCUGUGCUACUAGAGAUAAUUGCCGUACCGUAAUCCCCUGUUCAAAGUUAUUAAAAUACAGACCGGGCACUUCACCAUCCAUAUCUAAAGAUGUAAAUUGGAUGUACAUAAGAUGUCUGAAAUGUAAGCCAAAUAAAACAACUGAUUUUGAAAAUUGUACUUGCUUCGAAGAUAAUAUGAAAACGAGAGCAACCUGUAAUAAACUCGCUACGGAUGGACCUUCUUUCACUUUGGAAGCACGAAACGAAAUCACGCGGGAGAAAUGUUCGCGCUGUUUUAAUAAAGCACAACAAAAUGCGAAAAAAGGUCGAGGUUAG